AUGGUUCUAUUGAGCACAAGCAGCUGUAAAGAUUCGGGAUCUACAGUGACAAGACAUCAACCUAUUCCCUAUCGUAUUCUUGGACGCAGCCUUGAGAACAUGGAAGACAAAGCUCGGACCUUGUGCCAUAAGCUGGGAGCGAGGCAUAACACUUGGCUAAGAUAUUCAACUGAGGCAUAUUCUCCUAGCGCGACGCAGCCGUCUAAGACUGCCAACUCAGCUACCUACUGCCCGAAUUUCGGUAAAGACACCCAGCGCUGUGGUAGGAGGAGCAGCAAACAGAGGUGCUGGCUCGGAUUGGACCACAGCCCAGCUCAAGGAGAUCAAGGCGGUCAUGCGUGUCAGGCUCCUGAUCAAGUCGCUGACACACACAUCGCUGCAUCCCCGAGAAUGACGAGUACGACAUCAGGUGAUGCAAGAGGGGAGCGUCUCGGCCUAGUCGCCUAG